GGCUUCUUCCGCUGAUGUUGUUGUUGGCUGCUCUGUUGGGUGUGUUGCUGGAUCUGUCGGUUGCCUUCCAAUCCAUUCAUCCUCGCCGCACAUGGCAGGCAACCUGCCGCACCUCAUCCAUCCCCGGCGCUGCCCACCUAUCGCGAGUCAAGAUGGCCACGCCCAUCCGCAUCUAUCCGCCUCCGCCGAAGCCAACGCACCCCGACGUGAGCAAACUGAGGCGGCGCUUUGCGGAUGACGGAGGCUCUGUCAGCGACGCUCUGCAGAUAAGGCCGAGCGCAUUCGAUAAUGCGGGUGCGGGGCUGUUUGUGAAGGAAGCUGUCAAGGAGGGAGAGGUGCUUGCGAGGGUGCCGGAGAGGUUCUUGAUGAGGCCGAUGGGCUAUGGUGUUGUUGUUGAUGACAGCGGCGAAGAUCCGGAAGUUCCGGAUGAGCUGCGGGAUCUCAUUGCUAAGGUUCCGUCGCAGAACUGGAUGUUGCGUCUGGCGCUGCUUGUGCUGUACCACCAGAUGAACCGGACGCCCCACUGGUACGAUGACUACCUCAUGACGCUGCCCGAGUCCUUCCCGUCCAUCCCUAUGUUCUUCAAGCAGGGCGACCUCAAGGCCCUCCAGCACCCCAACCCCAACGCCAUCUCACACCGCCUCUGGUUCCUCCAGCAAAUGCACCGACAGAUCUACGGACCAAUCGCAAACACGCACCAAGACCCCUUCGCUCCUCUCGCCAAAGAGAAUGACUUGGCGGCCGGCCAAAAGCCCCUGACGCUGAAAUCCGUCGCCUGGGCGCAGGCGGUGGUGACGUCGCGCAGCUUGCGGGGCAGUUCUGGCGGUGGGCCUGGGAUGAUGUGUCCGUUGCUCGACAUGUGCAACCACUCAUCGUGGCCGAGUGCGGCUGUGCAGCACGAGGUGGAUGGGGAGGGGCGGGUGAGGGGCGUGCGGCUGGUGGCGCUCAGGGAUCUGCCAGAGGGGGAGGAGCUCACCGUGUCGUACGGCAGGAUGUCCAACGCCUUGCUCGUCAUGGACUAUGGAUUUGUGGAACCAAACAACCCGUGAGCCGAGCCACCCGACCCGAUAGACCACACGUCAUCAAAUCAACACACAAGCAGGCAGUACAGAGGGAGGGAGGGAGAUGUGCGUGUCCUCUCUGCCUGCCUCAGUUAUGACCGCGUGACGAUCACCUUCGACCACAAGAUAGCGGGUGAGGCCUUCCGGACCAUCGGCCUGGACGACAGGCGGAUCGUCCCUGGCCGGUUCGACUCCCUCCCCUGCCCACACCGCCGGCCGCUGCUUAAGCAGCUCUAUCUCCUGCCAACCGACAUCGACAAGGCCAUCAAGGAGGGAGAGAGAGACAAGGAGAGGGAGGCCAUGGCCAUGGCGCAGCAAUCUGACGCAAGCGCCACAGCCACAGCGACGUCCAGAGGCAGGGAGAAGGAUGUGAUACUGGUCAAGGAGGAGGGCAACACGACUAUAAGGGAGACCACCUAUGCCGAUGCGCCCAAGGAGAGGAGGCGGGAGCCAGCCGGGGAGAGGGGGGCAGCAGCAGCAGCAGCAGGGAACGCCGCGGCAGGCAAUGCGACCGAGGCGCCCCACAUCUACCGUCCGCGGGUCCAUCUUGGCGGCGACAUCCUGGUCGACAAACGAUUGCUCGCUGCCGUCAGGGUAACCAACACACACACACACACACACACAGCGAUAGGACGGGAGGAUUGGCUGGCGGAGGAUUGGCUGGUGCAUACUUUUCUCUGUGUCCCUCCCAUUGCAGGUGUUGUUAUCCUCUGGCGAUGAGCUGGAGGGGAGGUCUUUGCGCGAGCUGGCCGAGUGGGCCACACCCCUCUCGUCCACCAACGAAGUCAGAGAGAGAGAGAGAGAGAGACGCUCCACCACCAACGAACGACAUCAACCAAUGAAUCCUCUCUGCCUCCUUUCUCCGUCAGAUGGUGACCCUGAAGGCGCUGGUGGCCCUGAUCGGUUUGGUCGAGUACGCCGACUUCGACACGUCUCUGGAGGACGACCUGAGGUCACUGGCGAGCGGGCGCAUCCCCACGGGCCACACCGACUGGGGCACGGAGGACUACGUGUCCGUCACACCCGCCCUUGACGUCACCCUGCGGUAUCGCGUGGAGAGGAAGCGGCUGCUGCAGCGAGUCAGGGAGGGGCUGCAGCGGCGGCUGGCAGAUGUCAAACACAGAUAUGUCACGGGGCAACGGGCUCUCAGGUCGGCCGGCUGAGUGCCGGGGGGGAGGGAGGGAGGCUUCUGACGUGGGGGGGUGGAUGGAUGGAUGUGUGACGAACGAAGAGGGAGGGAGAGAGAUGUGUCCGUCCAUGGAGCUUCCUUCCUUGAUGGCGUUUUGUUCGUAUAUCUGUGGGGCGUGUCGUGUCAGGGAAUGAUUAUGGCGGUGAGACAGACAGACCAACCGGAUCAAUAAAGAUCGCCUGG